UGUUUAUUCAGAAUACAGAAUUAAUUACAGCAAGAAGGAAAAAAACGAUUUAUAGAAUAACUAUGGAUGAAGAAGAGCUUGCGGCUUGCAGAAAAAGUGGUAAAGAAUGGAAUUGUCCAGUUCCAAAUUGUGGGAGAUCAUUAUCAAGAAAACAAACUCUACAGAAGCAUUUAUGGAGCUGUCAUGAAAUUAAAGCUGGUAACCCGUCAAAGAGAUACAAAAUGUAUGAAGUCAGUGAAGAUGUUCCAUUGCCAAAGAGUACCUUUUACCAUCAGAAAAGCCAAGAAGAAAGACAACUGUCUGAGACACCUGUUACAGCAGAGCCACAACAAGCAAUGCAAGUUCAGGAAACUAUGGAAUGCAUAGGUGAUAAUGGUGAUGAUUCUUCAAACAUAAUACUUGAUACUGAAGCAGACAUGGAUAUUGAAGAUGAAGAAGAGCUAGUUGAAAAUUUUGUUGAAAGUUUUGGACCACCACUAUAUGUCUUGCCACCUAGUCAGCAGGUAUACAAUGCUCCAAUUCCACAGUAUCAUCAUUACAUGACCAUGUGUGCUUUUGCAACUUACCACAGUCUAUCAGACAGAGGCUUUCGUCAUCUUAUCCAGUUAAUGGGACUCCAUAUACCCACAGAAAACCUCAUGGAAACCAACAUUGACACACUUAAACAAGUAUGUGGUUUUGACACGGACUGCUUAAUACAUCAUCUCUAUUGUCCUGCAUGUAAAAAACUCUUCACGGGUGACGUAGAAAACUGUAAGACACCAGGCUGCCUAGGAAAAAAGGAGAAGAAAACUGCCAACUAUUUUGUGACUGGAAGUAUGCAAGCCCAGCUAAAAGAGAUCUUGGAAAGGGAUGGUAUAUGGACAGCAGUUCAGGACUAUGUAAGCAAUAGAUCUUCCGACCACACAACAAUUUCUGACAUUCUGGAUGGUGAGGAGUACAGAAAGUUGAAGGAACCGGGUGGAUUUCUGGCUGACAAGAACAACAUCACCUUCUCACUAUUCACAGAUGGUAUACCACUUUUUCAAAGUUCAAAAGUAUCACUCUGGCCUGUGUACAUGAUUUUGAAUGAACUGCCACCAAAACAACGCUUCACUAGGAAGAACAUGGUGUUAUGGGGAAUUUGGCAAGGUUGCGGCAAACCACAAAUGAACAUGUUCCUGCGUCCAUUGGUGGAAGACUUGAUUGAACUAUUUCAAAGAGGUACCGAAGUCAACAUCAAGCAAACUGAGAUAAGAACUAGAGCCAUGCUGAUUGUUGCUACGAUGGACCUGCAGGCAAGGGCUUAUGUGCUGCAAAUGACACAACACAACGGAGAGCAUGGCUGCUUAUAUUGUCUUGAGCCAGGAAAAGUAGUAAAGAGUGGUAAAGGAAAUUGUAGAAGCUACCCAUACAGAGAUGUGGAUCCGGAGCCAAGAACCAAAGAAAACAUCAGAGCAGAUGCCCAGGAAGCAAUUGCCAGUGGAAAAAAGAUUCGGGGAAUAAACUCGGAAACUGUCCUGUCUUGCCUUCCAUACUUCAAUGUCACCACAAAUGUUGUAAUUGAUUAUAUGCAUGGUAUCCUUUUGGGCAUCUUAAAGAAACUUAUGAGUUUGUGGUUUGAUGCAAAGAACAGCAAAGAACCAUAUUACAUUGGGAAGAGGGUCGACGAGGUUGACAAGAUCAUAAAGACCAUACAGCCGCCAUAUUUCUUGAGGAGAUUACCUCGAAAGAUUGCUGGAAAUUACAAUCACUGGAAAGCAUCUGAAUUUAGAUCCUGGCUGCUGUAUUUCUCCCUACCAGCAUUACAGAACAUUUUACCAGAUAUUUAUUUAACUCACUAUAGCUUGCUGGUGGAAAGUACAUUCAUCCUCCUUGGUGAAGGCAUUUCAGAGGCAGACCUAAGAAGAGCAGAUCUCCUUCUCAGAACAUUUGUAAGGAAUUUGAACAUGCUGUACAGAGAAAGUAUUGUCGGCCUAAAUGCACACAAUUUAAUUCACCUGACAAGAUGUGUAAGGAUGUGGGGGCCACUUUGGGCCUGGUCCUGCUUUGUUUUUGAGUCCUUUAAUGGAGAAAUAAAGAAGUGUAUACAUGGAACUGGAAAUGCUUGCAGGCAAAUAUUUUGGUCCCUUCAGUGCCAGAAAAAGGUAGAGGCAAUGGCAGUUCAAUGCAAAGAAGACCAACUCAGAGACUUCUACCAGUGUAUGACUGAAGGCAGUAAUGCACGACAGAAAGGAGGCGAAGAUGCUUACCAGUGUGUUGUCUUCACCCCUGCCAAGAUUCAGAAAACAGUUCAUUUCUCGAAUAAUGUGAAGGAAGAACUGGUGAGACUCUGUGGUUCAUAUGACACCAACAACUGGAUGAUAGUUAAAAAGAUUUCUAGGAAUGGAUUUUUGAUGUUUUCAAAACAGUGCUCUCGUGUUGUCAAAAGAAACUCCUACACUAUCAAGAUGAUGGAUAAUUCAAUUGUAGAAGUUGGACAUUAUCUUAUGCACAAGUCUUCAAGGAAAGUGGUGGCCGUUUGCCAGAAGUUUCAGCCAUUGGGAUCACUGAUAAGAAACCGUUUGCAGCAUCUUCAGGCUUUUCAAUUACAGAGUGUUGAAAAUACUGUUGUAAGAGCUGAACUGCUACAAGAACCGGUUGUUGUUGUAAAGACUGAAUCAAAGAUUUGCUGUGGAGUUAUCCCAAACAAUGUGGAGCGAGACUGAACUUCUAAAUUCCUGUUACUAAAGAUGUAGAACUUUAAAUUUCAUAACUUAGUUCCUUAGAAAUUUAAAUGUUAUACACAUGUUAUUUCUAUUCUAUUGCUGAUAUUUGUGUUGUUGAUUUUUUGUAAGGAAUGAUCAAUUUGAGUAGAGCAAACACUGUUGAAAAUGGUCAGCCAUUGUGAUUUUUUUUUUAUUAUUAUUGAUCCAUUUAAUAUUGGCCUUUUAACUGCCCAGUUGGAAUAUUUUUAUAUUUAGUUGAACUUGAACAUGUUCUUUAAUUGGUUAAUGAUUAUAAAUUUUUGUUAAAAGGAUUUUUCAAUUGAUAAUGAUUUCUCACAUAGGCAAAAAUUCAAAAUCUGAAUUUGUGAAUAACCACCUCAAUGCAAAUUUAUUUAAAGAGUUAUAUAGUUAAAAUAUAUUAUAAAGUGUUUAUAUAUAUUGUAGUUAAGAUACUGGCUUAGAAAGAGAAAAAACUAUUUACAUGCAAUUUUUAUGGAAAGCUGUGUGAUUGUGUGUGUUUGUGUGUGUAUUUGACAGAAUGUAUGUUGUGGAGAAGAGGUAAUUGGCAAAAGUAUAAAGAUUAUGGUACAUCUAUAUUGUAUAUAUGAAUUAAUUUGUGUGUUGAAAGGUUUCAAUCAACAUGGUAAUUGUAUAAACUGAAUGAUUUCAUAUGAAAUUAUUAAAUUUUUUUCAUUGAAA